CAAGUAAACUUUACCCUAGGCCACACCAUGAAUACAAUUCAGAAGCCAUUAUCUCCAUUGCACCAGGAGGCUCCAUUUACUAAAUAUGGACGAAAGCAGUAAGUUAAUUCGUGCUUGGCUUAUGGAUCAAACAGUUCUGCAGUAGCAGUAUAAGCAAGUCGGAUGACACUAUUCGAAUAUUUAUAGGAUACAGCCACGAAUUGAUAUGUUGCGACGGUUCCGUUUCCUAGUCGGAAUUUGCGUAGCCUUGGUUGUCUUUGUUGUCAUUGUUCAUAAUAUGACGCUCAGAUACAACAAGGAAGGUGUUUUGACACGAAAACACAGUUUAGUAACUGAAUUAAGAACAUUGAUUAACAACUCAACCGCCAAAUUAAACGCCAAAUCACUAAGCUCAAGUGCAGCCACAAACUUUUUGGAUCUUCAAAGUCGUACAUUGACGAGUGCAAAACACACUCGUAUUCAACUUUUAACUCCAAGAGACAAACUGUUAACAGGAAAGUACAUUAGUUUUCUUGUGAAAGCGUUUGAUAGUCGGAAUCAACCACGGAAUCGUGGCGGCGAUUUCUGGUUCGCGAUAUUACACGACCGACAACAACAUUUUAGCACUUCUGGUCGUAUUACAGACUUCAAGAAUGGAACCUACCUUCUUCAGUUUUAUCUCGGUUCUGCCGGGGACAUGGUUUUAAAUUUAAAUUUGGUCUACACUGCAGAAGCUUUAGACUGGAUACGAGAAAUCUACAGGCCUGACGAAAAUUCCUUCUUGUGGUUAGGUACAUAUAGAAGAGGUAGAGGAAAAUUUGCUGAAAGCAAAUGCAAAGUACACAGAGGAGGUCCAAUCCCAUCAAAAUGUGAAUAUGGGAGAGGGCCUAAAGGAAUGGGCGAUACGGUAUUCAUUUGUGAUAAACCAUCAAUGCUGACCUGUGAUGAACUUACAUACAUGGAGUCUUACGAAAAUAUGAAUGCUAUUAUUAAGCCUGUAGAUCGACUUUUAAGUGAAUAUAAAUUCACUGCAUACUUUCAACGCCCAUUUUACCAAAACAAUGUACCAGUUUUCAUCAAACUCAACGUUCGGAGAUCAAUACCAGGUAAAAAAACAACAAAGCUAUCAAUUAGGCCGUGCCGGCCUGGUUUCAGACCGAAGCCCCCCUCUAAUGGUUAUUGGAAAAAUCGAAAGUGGAAGUCGUUGGAAUGCAAGACAAAAACAUGGUCUUCUAGUGACCUUUACAGAGCACUGGCUGGGCACGAGGUUCACAUUAUAGGAGACUCGACAGUCAAGCAAUGGUAUGAGUCAAUAAAUAAUAGACUAGGACGUACAGGGUUGAGGAAAAGGAAAGGCAUGUACUUUAAUGAAAGUUACACAAAUUUUGUUAUCCAUUUCCACAAUAACCGUCUGCCUGUUUGCCUCGGCAGCAAGAUUCCCCUCCAGCCUGAAAUGAAAGUAUUUGAGCCCGAACUAAUCGAUGGAUUGCCUAGCGAUUCUGAAUGCAGAUACUUUAUUAUCCUAGGACACUGGGCCCACUAUGGUGCUUGGACAGAGGCCUCUUAUCGCGACCACAUGUUUUACAUCAAAGAAGCUAUCGUUCGACUUUUGAAUCGAUGUAAUGACGUUAAAGUUGCCAUUAGAAGUUCUCAUCCACGUGAUCACAAAAUUUUUCAAACCCGAGUUCAAAGUAAUCACUGGGUAUUCUGGGACAUGAACCGAAUCUUGAGAGAAGUUUAUGCAGACGUUCCUGUACACUUUAUUGACGUCUGGGAUCUGGCUAUGUCGUUUCCUUCGCCUCAUGAUGUGCACAUGCCGAUGCCAUGCGUCAACGAAAUGGUAGAUUUACUAAUGUCCAAUGUAUUUCCUACUCUGUGACACAAUGUACAACUUUUUUUUAAAAUGAAUUUGAACAUCUUCUUAUGUGUGCCUGCUUGUUUGGUAAAAUUAUAUCUGGUGGUAUAACCCAGGCUAAACGGAUUCAGAUAAUUUGGUCAAUGCCGCUACUGUCCUCUGAAUAUUUUAGAAGAAACUUUGAUAGGCCUAUAUAGUGAGGUUCCAAAUCCCAAAAAUGACGGGGCAAAGUGAUUUGUGGGUAGAAGAUGGGAUCCAGCUGGAUUAGGGUAUUUUGACCCCACUGAUUACAAAAUUGUUGGAUCCCGCAAACCAAAUACUUUCAUCUAAGUGCCUAAAAGUGCAUAUUCAAAUGACAGCCUUGGCAUGGUAGUAAGCUUUAAAAGAGAUGAAAUGUUUGUUUAAAAGGCUUCAAAACAUUUUUUAUUCACUCAUUGUUAAUUUUUAGACAAUUUAUCCGUAUAACUAUUCUCACUGAUUGGAAAGGCAUCGAGUAUGGUUAGCGCAAGUUUUAACUGGCAUUGCGUGGGUGAAUGGGACUUCACAUCCAACCACAGUAAAUGGAUUUGAAUAUUUAACUUUAAAAUGCAUUAGUAGUCAAUAUAUUUACAGUAAACGCUUAUGUGAACAACUUCCGUCAAAUGGAUUCAUAGAACGGCAAACAGACUGUGAAGGGAUUGUAAAGAAAGCGUUUGAAUCCAAAGAAGAUCCCCAAUGUGCACUACUAAUACAUGUAUUUCGUUCAACUCCAAUAACAACCGACUUCCAUCUCCUGCAAAAAUCCUAAACCGCAGAGUCUACAAGUCGAAUUGACGAUGAGAAUCACCCAGCGUCUUAGCGAAAUUGAAAAUGCAUUCACUGAUAUCUACAGGAGGGGGAAACGUUUAACUAAUCGAACUGCAAAUCAGACUAAAAUGCGAUAGUUACAGAGAAGUUAACAGCUGUUUUAAUUUCCCUUGUAAUGUUUAUCUUCUCAAAAACAGAUUAGAGUUUUAAAAAAUGACU